CGAGGUCUCCUGGGUUGUUUACUCUGUUUGUAACUCGGUGCGACCUGUUGGUGGCCGAGGUCGCCCGGGAGACCGAGAUGUGGGCCGAGGGGGCGGCGAGGCUCUGAGCUGCCUUUCCUGCUUCCAGGUCUGGGCCGCCAAGCAGCCAUGCCGACCUGGGGGGCCGGCUCCCCGUCCCCGGACCGCUUUGCCGUGUCUGCGGAGGCGGAGGACAAAGUGUGGGAGCAGCAACCCCACGUGGAGCGCAUCUUCCGCGUGAGGAUGAGCGUCCUCCGGAAGGACUGCCCCGAGAACCCUCACAUCUGGCUGCAGCUGGAGGGCCCCAAGGAGAACGUCAGCAGAGCCAAGGAGUACCUGAAGGGUCUCUGUAGCCCAGAGCUGCAGGAUGAAAUCCACUAUCCACCCAAACUGCACUGCAUCUUCCUGGGGGCCCAGGGCUUCUUCCUCGAUUGCCUGGUCUGGAGCACAUCAGCCCACCUGGUGCCUGGGGUGCCUGGAUCACUGAUGGUCAGUGGCCUCACGGAGGCCUUCGUCAUGGCUCAGAGCCGAGUGGAGGAGCUGGUGGAGCGGCUGAGCUGGGACUUUCGGCCAGGGCUGCCUCCUGGAGCCUCUCAGUGUGCUGGAGUGCUGAGGGACUUCGGUGCCCUGCUGCAGCCCCAGGGGGAUGCCCACAGAGAGGCCCUGCUGCAGCUGCCCCUGGCUGUCCAGGAGGAACUGCUGAGCCUGGUACAGGAGGCAUCCAGGGGACAAGGGCCCCAAGCGCAUUUCUCCUGGGAGGUGGGGAGCCCAGGCCUGCUGGGUGAUCAGCAUCAAGGAGUCAGAGCUCCCCUGAAUGAAGGCAGGGGGUCCCUGGACACUGGACCUACAGGGUGGCCAGAGUCAAGGGGAGAGAGACAUGCUGCAGAGAAGGAGGGAGGGAAGCAGGGUGGCCCCAGGGAGAUGGAUUUGGGAUUGAAGGAGCGGCCUGGGGAAGAGGCCUGGGAGAAAGAAAUGGCCUACAGGUCACAGUUAGGGGGAGGAGAGGUAGGGCAGGAAGGGUUCCUGAAGAAGAAGGCCCCGGGGAAGGAGGGGGGGCCUCAGGAAAGAGGAGGAAGGUUUUGUAUCCAGGGUGAGCCUCCUGGUGCCCACGGCUGUCAGAGGGCAGCUCAGCUCCAAAAAAAGCAGAAUGUGGGUCUAGGGGGGGGGGGCUCCCCUGGAAAAAAGGGACCCCGGGGGGGCAACUUGGUGACUGGCACACAGCGUUUCCAGGAGGCUCUACAGGACCCUUUUACCCUGUGCCUUGCCAAUGUACCUGGCCAGCCAGACCUCCGCCAUAUUGUCAUUGAUGGCAGCAACGUGGCCAUGGUGCAUGGCCUCCAGCACAACUUCUCCAGCCGGGGCAUUGCCAUUGCUGUGCAGUAUUUCUGGGACCGUGGCCACCGGGACAUAACUGUCUUUGUGCCUCAGUGGCGCUUCAAUAGGGAUGCCAGGGUCAAAGAGGGUCACUACCUGCAAAAGCUCUACUCCCUCAGUCUGCUCUCCCUCACUCCUUCCCGAGUCAUGGAUGGCAAGAGGAUCUCUUCCUAUGAUGACAGGUUCAUGGUGAAGCUGGCUGAAGAGACCGAUGGGAUCAUUGUCUCCAAUGACCAGUUCCGGGACCUGGCGGAGGAGUCUGAGAAGUGGAUGGCAAUCAUCAGAGAGCGCCUGCUGCCCUUCACCUUCGUGGGAAACCUCUUCAUGGUCCCUGAUGACCCACUGGGGCGAAAUGGCCCCAUGCUGGAUGAGUUCCUGAAGAAGCCAGUCAGGGCACAGGAAUCUUCUAAGGCUCAGCAUCCUUCCAGGGGCCUCACAGAACACAGUCAGCAGCAGCAGGGGAGAGAAGAGGAGGAAAAAGGCAGUGGUGGCAUUCGGAAGACCCGGGAGACUGAGAGGCUCCGGCGCCAGCUGCUGGAGGUGUUUUGGGGCCAGGAUCACAAGGUGGACUUCAUCCUGCAGCGGGAGCCUUACUGCCGCGACAUCAACCAGCUCUCUGAGGCCCUGCUCAGUCUCAACUUUUGAGCCUCACCUGCCCUAGUGGCUGCCAUCACAUCAGCUCCAGCCUUGCCUAGCUUAGUCCCUUCUGUGAUGCUCAGACCCUGCCCCAGACCCACUCUGAGUUGGUGCAUUGGGUAAGGGAAGCACUGAGAAGAGCCUUCGUGAGUGGGGAAUGCUCUUGCCUGGGGCACUUUGGGGACUUAACGAGACCUGAGCUCCUCUUGAGUCAGGACCUCAACCAGCUCUCAAGGGGUUCUGGUCAGCCUUAACUCCUCAACCUUGCUUGCCUUAGCGCAGGGUUUCUGUAGGGAGUGCAGGCUGCUGGAAAGGCUAGGUCCUGGAGAUUGGGACUCCAGUUCCUCCUCAAAGCUGAGUUGGGGAUGGAGGCUGGGGUGGGUGGGAGGGGAAUGAAGACAGGUGGCAAGGAAGCAAGCCUUUCCUACCCCUGGCUGCUGCUCUGGAUAGCCAGAGGACAGGAUGCUCCCAGGCCUGGCAGAACUCCUGGGAACCUUGAAAAGGGAAUGCGGAGCCCUGGAAAGGCUGGGGUCUGGGUUACAGUGGGCAGCAGGGAGCUGGUGGGGAAAGUAGAGGAAGACUUGGCUUCUGGUCUCAGCUGUGCCUGUCAGUGACCUUGAUUGAACUACUUGCCCUUUACUUCUGCCUAUAAAUCAGAUGAAAAAAUGCCUGUUGGGAGAAAUGAGAACAUGGAGCAGGGCUCUUUGGAGGAACAGGACAUGGACCAAGUCUCAGGUGUGUCUGUCUGUGGCUGCACAGGCUUCCAAACCAAAACCUCAUUUUCAGAGAACCGAGUGUCCUCUGUCCCCAGGGCCUGUGCCCUAGAUUUUAACACUGCACCCUCAUUUUGUGCCCUAUAAUGGCUGCGUCCCUUUGGGCAACCCCCAAAUCCACAUUUACAAAACAGUUAGUUAGGGGUGACUGUUUGCAUUACCAGAAUACUCUCAGGGUUCCUCUAAAUGGCAGCUCUCCUGUUGCAUUCAAGUGUUUGUUUACAGAUUACCGAAUGUGUCAGAAAGUCCCCUGUUCAAUGCACUUGCUGUGGUGUUGCGCAUUCACCAAAUCAAUGGAAGCCAUGCUCUGCUAUGACAAUGUUAAUGUGAUCUGACCCUAGCAUUUUCUCUACAGAACACGUAUGUUGCAUAAAGCGAGGCCCACUUCUGCUUUGUGUGUGUGUGUGUGUGUGUAUGGGGUUGGGGGUGGGGGAGGGCUAUAGAGGUUGUAACUAGAUGAACUAAUUAUCUGGAAAAUGAAAACCGAAGAAUUAAAAUGGGGAGAAUCAGA